AUGAUGGGGGAGAAGGACCAGCCCAAAACAAUUAAUGAACACACCAAAAAUGAGCCUCAGCAGAAUGAGCUGAUCUUGAAAUCUUUACCGCCAGCACCAUUAUCGAACUUAGAGAAGGCAGAGGCUAAACAAGAGAAUAUAGCUGCAACAAAGGGAGUAGAUGAUGCUAAUAAGAGACUCAGAGCAAUCCCAAGAACCCAAAACAGGCCUCCCAUCAGUAAUCCAGAAGUAGUAAAGAUCCAGGCCUGGUGGCGGGGCACCCUGGUGUGCAGCACACUGCUGCACGUGGCUCUCAGAGUGUGGAUCAUUCAGGGCUGGUGGAGGCAUAAGCUGGUGAAGCUGCAUGAGAACAGGCAGCGGACAGCUCUGGAGAACUUUACACGGAAGGAGUGGGUAGCAGUCAGGCUGCAGUCCUGGGUCCGCAUGUGGCGCAUCUGUUGGCGCUACUGCCAUUUGCUCAACGCUGCCCGCAUCAUCCAGGCCUACUGGAGAUGCCACUCCUGCGCUUCCCAGGGUUUCAUCAAGGGCCACUACAGAGUCACGGCCAACCAGCUGCAUCUCGAACUCGAGAUCUUGCUGGGCUCAGGGCCUUGCAUUGUGACAGAGUGUAUUCCCCUUCCAAUAAAGCAGUGA